CAAAGCAUGAGGCUGCUGUGGAAGUCUCUGGAUAAGAUGAGGUGUCUGAGGAAGCGCUCAGUCAUUCCCUUCCUCGGCUUUCUCAUCACCUUCCUCCUCUUCCUCAACCUCUACAUUGAAGAUGGAUAUGUGCUGGAAGAAGAUAAGAGGCAGCUCAGGGAGACGUCAGCUCACCCCCCGAGCACAGAGCGAUACGUGCACACCUUCCGAGACCUCAGUAACUUUUCGGGAUCCAUCAACGUCACAUACCGCUACCUUGCCGGGACACCGCUCAACCGCAAGAAGUAUCUGACCAUUGGGCUGUCGUCAGUGAAGAGGAAGCGAGGAAACUACCUCUUAGAGACUCUGAAAUCUAUCUUUGAUCAGUCCAGUUACGAGGAGCUGAAGGAGAUCUUGGUGGUUGUCCACCUGGCAGACUUCGACCUGAUGUGGUGCGAGAACCUGCUGCAAGAAAUCAACCGCAAGUUCUCACAUCACAUCAUCGCCGGCCGCUUGCUGGUGAUCCAGGCCCCUGAGGAGUACUACCCGUCCCUGGACGGCCUGAAGAGGAACUACAACGACCCCGAGGACCGGGUCCGAUUCCGCUCCAAGCAGAAUGUGGACUACGCCUUCUUGCUUAACUUCUGCACCAACCUCUCGGACUUCUACAUGAUGUUGGAGGAUGACGUUCGCUGCUCUCGUAACUUUUUGACAGCACUAAAGAAAGUGAUCGCUUCCCGGGAUGGCUCUUACUGGGUGAUGCUGGAGUUCUCCAAACUGGGAUACAUAGGGAAGCUUUACCACGCACAGGACCUGCCGCGCCUGGCACACUUCCUGCUUAUGUUCUACCAGGAAAUGCCCUGUGACUGGCUUCUAAUCCACUUCCGUGGCCUGCUGGCACAGAAGGACGUUAUUCGUUUCAAGCCGUCGCUGUUCCAGCACAUGGGCUACUACUCAUCAUACAAGGGAGUUGAGAACAAACUGAAGGAUGAUGAUUUUGAGGAGGAUGCGGUAGACAUUCCUGACAACCCGCCUGCGCGCCUCUACACCAACAUCGACGUCUUUGAAAGCUACGACGCAGCCAAGGCCUACAGUGCUGUGGACGAGUACUUCUGGGGAAAGCCCCCGUCCACAGGGGACUUCUUUGUGGUGGUCUUCAACAAGUCGGCCAAGAUCAGCAGAAUCAAGAUCACCACAGGUUCUGAUGACAGGCAGAGCGACAUCUUACACCGCGGAGCGCUAGAGGUCGGUGAGAAACUGGUGGGAACCAAGAAGGGAAAGCAGUGUUCCUCGUACAUCACCUUAGGGGAGUUUAAGAACGGCAACAUCGAGGUCCGGGAUGUGGACCACAAGAUCGGCUUCGAUGUGGAAUGCGUGCGUAUCGUCGUGACAGCCAGUCAGAAGGAGUGGCUCAUAAUCAGAAGUAUAAGUUUAUGGACGACACCUCCACCCAGUCAAUGA